CAUUCACAGAGAAAAAUGAAGUGCAUUAAGGAUUUGCUCUCAACGAUCUUCAACACCCAUCUCUCUCACCACCAACAAUGUCGAACAAUCACAAAAGUCCGAUUAAAAUGGGUCAAAAAUCGAUCCCUAGAUAACAUCAUCGACAUCCACACUGAUCUCAAGGCCGCCUGUUUACUCAAAGACGCCAUCAUCCACCGCCCCUCCGCCACCCAGUUCCUCACCGCCAAAUCCAUCUCCGACACCCAAAAACUCCUUGGAAUCACCGUCCCUACCCUCCGGUUCAUCCGCCGUUACCCUACUCUCUUUGAAGAAUUCCCACACCCUAAAUACCCUAGCCUCCCCUGUUUCCGCCUCACUAGCAUUGCUCUAAAUUUGCACAAGAUAGAACGCAAAAUCUACGAAACCCACGAAUCAGACAUCGUUGAAAGACUCUGUAGGGUGUUGAUGAUGACCAAGGAUAAACAAAUCCCUCUCCAAUCGCUUCAUCCAUUAAGAUGGGACUUGGGUUUUCCAUAUGAUUACGAUAAAACCCUAGUCGAGAAGCAUCCGGAUAAAUUUCGGAUCGUCAAGGGAUCCAACGGCUUAUCGUGCUUGAAACUUGAGAAAUGGGUUGACGAAUUCGCUGUUUCCGAGCUUCAAAAGAGUAAUGAGAUCAAGGAAUCAUUCAACGAUGGUGGUGAUCAGUAUAGAAGAUUCAUAAGAGGGAAAACUGCAUUAGCAUUCCCAUUGAGUUUUCCCAGAGGUUAUGGAGCACAAAAAAAGGUGAAAUCUUGGAUGGAUGAGUUUCAAAAGCUUCCAUACAUAUCUCCGUAUGAGGAUUCAAGCAGCAUUGCUCCAGAAAGCGAGUUAAUGGAGAAGAGGGUUGUUGGAGUGUUACAUGAGUUCUUGAGCUUGACUGUUUACAAGAAAACCAAAAGGAAUUACUUGAGGAAUUUGACAGAGGAAUUGCGGAUUCCAUUUCGGUUUACACGAAUCUUUACUCGAUAUCCAGGAAUUUUCUAUCUGUCAUUGAAGUGUAAGACUACAUCUGUGGCAUUGAAGGAAGGUUACAGAAGAGGGAAGCUGGUUUACGCUUGUCCGAUUGCAAAGUAUAGAGGGAAGUUUCAUCAUGUGAUGAGGACUGGAUUGAUUUAUAGGAAGAAAGGGUUGGAGAUGUUGGGUGAGUUGAGUGCAGAUGAUGUGAUUGGGAUCGAAGAAAAAGAGUCGGAGGAGGAAGAGAUUGAAUCGAGUGGCGAAUGGGUUGAAGAAGAUGAUGAUGAAGAUGAAGAAUUUGAUGAUGUUUCUGAUCAAGAUUAGCAAUUUAAUUGCUGGUGGAGACAUUGGGAGGUAAUUCUGUAUUCUGAAACCUUAUUCUAUCAAGAACAAGUGUUAGGAAUGGUGAUAGAUAUAUACAGGGAGGUUCAGGGAAACGAGGAACACCUUGGUAUCCAUUCAUCUAGACAGUAUGUACAUGUGUAUAUGAUUGAAGCUGUUUUUGCACGUGCAUACCGGACAAAUUGCUUAUAAGUUACUUGUAUGCACAUGUACAUACCAUCCACAUGAAUGUUAUCUGGGUAGUCCUUAAUUUUUCAUUUUUUUUGCAAUUUUCCUAGUAGAUGCUUGUCAUCUUUGAUUGUGGCCAUGAAAGAGGUUAGGUUGUAUCAUUACCAUACAAGGAUCAGGGUAGAUAGAAUUGCUGCUUGAGGCAAUGUGCUUAAUCUUAUAGA